CGGAGUUUCCGGUGACCCUCGAGGUACUGAACGCCGCCCUCGCGAGAGUUCGUCCUUUUCCCGGAGAGCACCGCGGCCAAGAUGGCAGAAGUGGAGCAAAAGAAAAAGCGCACCUUCAGGAAGUUCACCUACCGUGGCGUGGACCUGGAUCAGCUCCUUGACAUGUCCUACGAGCAGCUGAUGCAGCUGUACAGCGCCCGCCAGCGCCGGCGGCUGAACCGCGGUCUGCGUCGCAAGCAGCACUCUCUCCUGAAGCGCCUCCGGAAGGCCAAGAAGGAAGCGCCGCCCAUGGAGAAGCCCGAGGUGGUCAAGACCCACCUGCGUGACAUGCUCAUUCUCCCCGAGAUGGUGGGCAGCAUGGUGGGCGUGUACAACGGGAAGACCUUCAACCAGGUGGAGAUCAAGCCUGAAAUGAUUGGCCACUACUUAGGAGAAUUUUCCAUCACCUACAAGCCCGUGAAACAUGGCCGGCCAGGUAUUGGGGCCACCCACUCAUCUCGGUUCAUUCCUCUGAAGUAAACUUGGGGCUUUGGAAGAUGAUUUUUGUGUGCGAAUAAAAAAGUCUUCCAAAAACUGA